AUGCUAUCAAUUGUCGUCAUAAGUUUCCAGCAGGAACAUACUACUCCCUCUAAUUUACAGUUGUUAAAGCUUGUGUUGCAGCCUGGAUGGAAUUCAGAUGGUUUGAAGCCGGAUGACAUAAAUACGCGACUGUUAUUCCACUAUGGCAUCCCAUUAGGAUCUAUGCUGUUGGCCUGUGACACCAUUCAACAGAUUUUUGCUGUUUCUACUAGAGAUGGACGAAUCAAAUUAUUUGGGAAAGAUAACACUCAAGCUCUACUUGAGUCUCCUGAUGCAGUACCUAGCAAGUUUUUGCAGUUUAUUGAGAACCAAGGCAUCCUUUUGAACAUAAAUGCCAUUAACUGUAUUGAGGUUUGGGACAUAGAUAGGAAGUUGUUGUCCCAUGUGCAUGAUUUUGAGGAAGAAAUAACCUGUUUUACGGUCAUGCAACAUACCUUCUACAUGUUUGUUGGAGACUCUAUUGGUAAUAUUUUAGUUCUGAAGCUUGAUCAAGAACCAUGCAUUAUAGUGAAAAUGCAAUACCGUAUUCCUCUUUCAGCAUCUCAUGGGAAUGCAAGCAAAGUUGCUGGAGAUAAUUCUGUCAUGCACAUACUGCCUCAACCAACAGCUGAAAGUAAGAGGUAG